GACGAAUAACGCUUUCAUCGCAGUGCAAUAAAAUUUUAACGAGCCACUCGAACAAAAAACAUGAGCCUCCAGGGAAAAUACACUUUCGCGAAGGACGAAGGAUGGGAUGAAUUUUUCUCGUCCAUUGUUCCGGACGCUCCAAAACCGACUGCCGCUUUCAACGAAAUUGAAAUUGUUGUGGGCGCGGACGUUGUUACGGUCAAGAACCCUGGACGGGAAAGGACGUACGCCCUAAACCAAACAGUGGAAGAAACGUUUCCAAAUGGCAAGAAAGGCAAGACCACUGCUACGUUGAAUGGGGACGUCUUGAGCGUGGAAAGUGUCGGCGACGAGGGUGUUUUUAAAAGAGUCUUCUCCGCUUCCGCAUCGAGCUUGGAAGUGGUGAUCAGCAACGGAAAAUCUCAAGGCAAACGCAUAUUUUCGAGGGUUUGAGUGACUAAAAAACGUGAAAUAAAGUAAUUUAUACAAAACAGA